CCUCUCUGUAGCUCUUCACAAAAGCCAUCGCGCCCUCCAGAAGCUAAAGACCGCAACCAGCCAGCGAGGAAGGUGCAGCCCCCCCCUUCCUUUCAGCCUCCUACACUCUCGCCUAGGACCCGCCUGCGACGCAAGAUGGUGUCGUUCGCGUCGCCGCUGUUCUGGCAGAUCAACUAUUUGGUGACCAACCUCAGCAAGAAAAACUUCAAGUCCAAUGUGGCUGAGCUCAACCAGCUCGUGGAGCUCUAUGGAGAAGACGCGCGUAUCUUCCUACUCAACUGCCUCGUCAAGGACAUCGAUUUCCGCGACGCUCGUGGCCAGAAGGACGCACUGAAGAUCCAACUGCUCACGCACGAGGUCGCCCAGGCCUCGUCGCGCCCUAAUUUCACCACUUUCAUCUGCGAGGUGCGUCCUCGGCGCUAUCUUUUCGCAAUAUUUUAAAUUUUAUUGUAAAUUUAUGAUAUUUUAUGACAGGCGAUCGAAGGAAGCUCGCCCGACUCCGCAGCCGUCAGUGGACGACAUGUGACCGAGGAAUUCCUCCAGUUCUUCUGUAAGACUCUGAAGCUCAGUCUCCCCCAGCAAGUGACGGUCGGUCUAGCCUUCGCCCAGGGCGAGAACGCCGAGAGCUCCGCCCAAGCCAUCCAGUUCCUGCGCACCAAAAUCCCCGAGAUCUCGUCCUGCGGUGCCAAACUUCCGUCGGACGUGCUCCACUCGCUCGUCUUCGUGCUGCGUAUGAAGAAGGAAUUCCACGCCAACAUCGCCGAGACCGACUCAUUCCUCGCUAGUAUCUCCUCAGCGCACCCGAACGACAUGGGUUCGCUUGAAAUGGCCCCAUUGACCAUGGGCGACCCCGAACACGUGGACUGCGAACCCGUGACGGACUCGGACUCGCUCAGUAAGCUCAUCUCGGACGUGUCUUCGAGCUGUCUGUUCUAUGAAUUGAUGGAGGAUGUCGGCUACUCGUGUACGGCAUCUCCACAGGCGUUCCGUACGCUUCUGGCUGAGGCUGGACUGGCGAAGGCACCCACGAUCCCACCGGCUCAAGUCGCGGGUAUGCUGGCGAUGCUCUCGCGGACUUACACUGGUCUGGAUGCGAAGAACGGAGCCACUUUGAUGGCGAAUCUUACGAUUGACUUUGAGGCGUCCGCGUCGGACGAGGCAGCAGCUGCACCCGUGCGGGAAAACUGGGACCUCGAGGUUAUCGCUGAUGUGUUGCAGAAAGACUACGGCUCUAUCAAGUGGACCAAGGUGGCGGAGAAGCUGGAUCGUGCCGAUCUUAACAUCCAGAAUGUGGCUCAGCUCCGUGUGCUUAUUACGGCGUUCCAGCGGUUCUCGCAGACCAAGUUCCGUGUGACGACCUUGCUCCGGCCCUGGAAGAACAGCCGCGCGCACAUUAGCAUCCUGAAGGCCGCUGUAGAGGCUCCACCGGAAGUGCUUUCGUUCUCCGAAUCGCCGCACAAACUCGCGCCGUUCGAAGGCGCCGACGCGUCAGCUGUCCCCAAGAAUGGUGUGUGGUUCUCGUUAGAUAUUGUGGACACGCUACUGCAAGUAUCGGAGCAAGACUGUUACGGUGACGUUCGCAAGCUUCUGGAUAGCGCAAUGAAGACCUGUCCGGAUGUUCUGAUCGCCAACUUGGCGCAGGCGUCGCCUCGUUGGAACGCGCUACGUGAUGACAUGUUCUCGGAGCUCUUUAGCACGUACAUCAUGGGUCGUCCCAAUGCUCCGCUUAUCAUGCGCCACCUGUGGUCUGUAGCGCCCAAACUGGUACUGUACGCGAGUGUCAAGUGCUUCUACGCUGCAACGGCCCCACACAUUGUGUCGCGGCUAUUCGCGCUCUUCCGCAAUACUGGUGACUCGUUCGCGUCCGCCAUCCACUCGAACUAUUUCUCGUUUGCUUUGGCACUGGCCACCAUGGGAGCCAACCACGACGUGCUAAACUUAGAGACGUGGCUGGUGGAGCGUCUGGCGUCUCAACGGACGGCGUUUGCGACCUCGUGCUUGGCCUUCGUGCACCGCAACUACGCUCGAGCGGUGCCUAAGAGCAACAUUACUCCGCAGUCGAGUCAUGUGCUGUCUAUUGAGUCGUUGGCGACUAUUCUUAAGUGUAUUAUGGCCGUUCAGGGGGCGCUACCCGUUACUAUCGCACAAGAGCUCAAGCGUAUUAUCACUCUCUGCAUGGAAACCCACCCAGUCAUCUCGGCGUCCACACGCCCCGCCGGUGAAGUUGGCAAUGCGCACGCACCAGGUGUGGUGGGGGCAGGUGCUGGCCUUGGCGCCGCAGCUGCAGCAGGCGCAGGUGUUGGAGCUGGAGGCGAGGGAGUCUCGAGUGGUGGGGACACCUCAACGUACACGGCGGAGAUGAUCGAGGAGCAGGCUAACGCGUACUUCCAGCAGAUCUACACGUCCGAGCAGAAUAUCAACGACGUCGUGGCGAUGCUGAAACGUUUCCAAGGUUCUCGUGACGAGCGCGAGCGGCAGAUCUUCUACUGCAUGAUCCACAACCUGUUCGAUGAGUACCGAUUCUUCCCACGGUAUCCUGAGAUGGAGUUGCGGAUUACGGGCGUUCUCUUCGGCAAGCUGAUCGAGCACCAAGUGCUGCCACCCAACUUCCUGCAAACUGCACUGCGAUCUGUGCUGGAGAGUCUUCGCGAGCCUGUGAACUCAAAAUUCUUCUUCUUCGGUGCAUGUGCGUUGCAGCAGUUUGUGCCGCGGUUGCGAGAAUUGCCCGCGUACUGUACGAACCUGUCGCAAAUCCCUCAUUUGCAGCACGCUCUGCCUGAGAUCAUGCGCCAAGUGAACCAAGUUAUUCGUUCAAUUGCUGUGUCAGGACCUACGGUGGAUGCGAGUGCUGGCAGUGGUGGUGCCUUAUCAUUGGGUGGCACAUUACCACCUUUAGGUGGUGCGGCGGAGGGAGAUGGAGCCUCGAGACUGAGCAGCAGCGCCGCAUCGUUUGGUGCUGGAUCACCGCCACCUGCCGCGAAGGCUCAGGAUGAUAUCGGUAUCCAGAUCCCGUCCUCGAUCUUGAGUCGGUCGGCGGGUCCAUCAUUGACUUCUCCAUCACCCAAUGCACCGGCUGGCUCUCCACCACCUCCUGCUGCCCCUGCACCGGAGCUGAAUGUGGACCACAUCUUCCACGAGUCAAGCAAGGUUGACGAAAGUGAGGUGAUCGAGCAACCGGACGAAAACGUGAAGGAUCGAAUCCACUUCAUUGUGAACAACAUGUCGAUUUCGAACCUGGAAGCGAAGAUCCCAGAGGUGCGUAAGAUGUUGCUACCAGCGUAUCACGCGUGGCUCGCGAACUAUUUGGUGGUCAAGCGUAUCUCGACUCAGCCCAACUACCACACGGUUUACCUGAUCUUCAUCGAAAAACUCGUGCGUCCGGAGCUGGAGCGUGAAAUCCUGAAGCGUACUCUUCAGAAUGCUCGCAAGCUGCUGACCUCAGGAACGAUCACGACGAACUCACAACAGCGUUCAUUGCUGAAGAAUCUGGGUUCGUGGCUCGGUGUGUUCACCCUCGCGCGCAACAAGCCUCUGUUGCAGCGUGACUUGGACUUGAAGGAGCUGCUGUACGUGGGCUACGAGACUGGUCACCUUAUUGCUGUGACGCCUUUCGUUGCCAAGAUCCUUGAAGGCUGCAAGAAGUCGAAGAUCUUCAAGCCGCCUAACCCGUGGGUUAUGGGUCUUAUCCAUGCCAUGAGCGAGAUCUAUGAUGUACCGGACCUGAAGCUUAAUCUCAAGUUCGAGAUUGAAGUCCUGUUCAAGUCGUUCAAGUUGAACGUGGAGGACCAGCGCAAGGCGCAGCUUCUGCAUACGCGUCGUGCUCCACCUCGUACUGCCAACCCGGACUUCAAUGUCAAGGUCCCAAAGAAUGCGAUGAUGGGACAGCGGUCUGCCACGCCUCCUCCUGGCUCAGGAGUCAAGUUGGGUCGACCACUGACACCGGGCAAGAUGAAGAAGCCAGGCGAAGGGUUCGCUCCUGCUGGCAGUCCGACUGGAAGGGAAGGAGUGGCAGGUUACGGUCUUGGAACAAGCAAUACUGGAGCUGCUGCUGCAGAGUCGACGGUGAUUCCGAACCUGGCUUCGUAUGUUGCUGUGAACCCUGAGCUUCCACUGCGUAACGUGAACUUGCGUCGUCUUGUACCUCUUGCCGUGGAUCGUGCUAUUCGCGAGGUGAUCUCACCUGUGGUGGAGCGCAGUGUCACAAUUGCGUGCAUUACUACUCGUGAGGUGAUUCUGAAAGACUUUGCUACGGAGUGUGAUGAUACGAAGAUGCGGAAGGCGGCGCAUCUGAUGGUGGCGUCAAUGUCUGGAUCGUUGGCACUUAUCACGGCGAAGGAGCCGCUUCGCAAUGCUAUUGGUACGCAUCUGCGUGCUCUGCUUCCCACCAGCGCUGGCGACCCACAGCAGCUUGAGCAUGUGAUCCAGGUUUGUUCCAACGAGAACACGGAUCUGGGUUGUAUGCUAAUUGAGAAGGCGUCGUCCGAGAAAGCCAUGCGUGACAUCGAUGAGGCUCUGGCAGGUGCUUAUGCAUCACGUCGGCGAUACCAGCAGCAGCAAGCGCAGGCUGGAAAGGCACCAGGUGCCGACGGAGUGCACUUCUUCGAGGGCAGCGCUAGCAGCUCGGCCGUGGCGGCCUCUGCUGGUUCUCCGGGUGCUCCUAGUGGCCAAUGGCCAGCAGCUUUGCCUGAAGUUUUUAAGCCCAAGCCUGGUGGCGUCCCGCCCAUGCAACUUGUGGUGUACGAGGCCUUCCAGCGUAUCCCACGACCCACUUCAAUGCCUCUUUCGUCUCGUCCAGGUGCUGCCGCAUACUCAGGCGCUGCUGUCGACAAGGAGGGAGACACUGCUGGUGUGACUGUGACUGCUGCGUUGGAUCGCUUUGCUGGAUUACUGGAGCGUUUCGAGCUGUUCGUGCAAAAAGUGGCUCGUCAGGCUGCGGCUGCUCAGCGUGAGCUUCCAUCGCUGCUGGCGAUUCCGGCUGAAAGUGAGGUCUUCGCUGUUCUCCGUGAGGUUCGUGCCCUGGGUGGAAGUGUGCGACCGGCUUUGCGCGAUGAAGCCUGCCUCAAGAUCGCGAACCGUAUUGUGAAGUUCAUGUACGAAUUGGGUAACGGCGGUCGAGGCAACGAGCUGUUCUUGGAGAUUCUCGUGAGCUCGUUGGAGGCACUGACAGCCAGCUGUGAUAAGCUGCGCAAGGAGAUUGUUGGAUGGGUCUUGCGCGCCCCAGUGGACGAUAAACUGAAGCUUCACUGUGAAAUUAUUGUGGCUCUUAUCCGCUACAAGGUGGUGGAUGCUAGUGAGUUUGACGUGUACCUGGCUCGCAACAUGGAGCGCAACAGUGUGGCUAUCGAGUUUGCAGUCCACGUUGUUCGUCAAUGCCUCAUGAUGGAGCACGUUGCUGUCGCUGCCCAGUUGCCGAACACUCUGGAAGCUCUUGCACGCAUUGUGGAGCGUCACGGAGGUGCUACAGCGAACAAGAACGUGCAGAUUCUUGCUGCUCUCUUGGAGCAGGCUCGUGUGCAAAAGCUGCAGAACCGCCCAGCGCCGCCAGCGCCACAGAAGAGUAUGGGGGCGAUUGGUAGUGGCGCUGCCAAGGCCACUGGGGAGCGACCUCUGGUACAGGAACAUGCAGCUUUCAAGCACACAGUCAGCAACGCGCUGGAGCACUGGAUCGCCAUUUACAAGGAACCGACGGGCAACUCGAAGAUGCACGCUCAGUAUCUCCAGAUGCUGAAGCAAUACGGAUUGCUUGCUGACGACGAAAGUGUGUCGCUGUUUUUCAAGUUCGGCACGGAACUGUGUGUGGAUGCAUGUUUGAAGAGCUCCUUCGCUGCGAGUGACCCCGCUGCGCUCAAGGCUGGCGUGAAGGUUCCGCUGAACUACGCGGUGCUGGACGCUCUGACGCACUUGAUGGCGCUGCUGGUCAAGUACCUUGACCCAGCGCCCGCGGCGAAGCUUCAGGUGUUGAACCAUGCUGUUGGUGCAAUUGCCAAUGUGUUGGUUGCCGCCCAUGACUUGUCGCGCAAGAAGAAGGCCCCCUUCGACCAGCGCGUGUUCUUCCGUAUGUUCGUGAACCUCAUGAAGGAGUUGACGGCUCAGGAACCGGCUUUGGAUGCUAUCCACCUUCAGGUCCUCAACACAUUUGCCAGCGCGUACAACACGCUGCAGCCUAUGGGACUUCCUGGCUUCGUGUUUGCUUGGACAGAGCUCAUCUCGCACCGCUGCUUCAUGCCGCUGCUACUGCGUGCGAAGCAGCAACGUGGCUGGCAGAUUCUACACCGCCUGCUCAUGAACCUGCUCGUGUUCAUGGAGCCAUUCCUGCGUCAUGCGAACUCGAACGUGUCUCUACCGGACUCCAUUGCUGCGCUCUACAAGGGUGUGGUGCGUAUCAUUCUGGUGCUUCUGCACGAUUACCCAGACUUCCUGAGCGACUUCUACACGAGCUUUUGUGACGUGUUGCCUGCAGCUUGUGUUCAGCUGCGUAACGUGAUCCUGUCGGCGUUCUCGCGCACGAUGCGCCUCCCCGACCCGCUCACUCUGGGACUUCAGGUCGCGCAACUCCCUGAAGUGAGCGUGGCCCCGCGGCUGAUGCCUGCGUGGGGAGCUGCCCUUACGCACAACGACAUCAAGGAAUAUGUCGACGAGUUCUUGCAUGCUACAGCGAACCGCGCCUCGGUGUUCCCCGCUGACCUCAUCUCCAAGCUGAUGCGUCCUGCCGCCCAGUUGGAGCGCGACCCGACGUCCUGUAAGUACGCGUUGCCUGCUCUCAAUGCGCUGGUGCUGUACCUGGGCAAGGAGGGCAUUGCCGACAUGGCCAACGGUGGUUCAACGCCUACGAAUGCGCCUGCGUCGUCUGGAUCUGAUGGCAAGUCUACGACCAGUAAGUUUGAGCAAACCGCGGCCAUGGAUGUGUUCCGCUACCUGGCGGACGAGCUGGACACGGAGGGCCGCUACUGGUACUUUAGCUCGUUGGCAAACCACCUGCGUUACCCGAACAGCCACACGCACUACUUCAGCUGCGUCAUCCUGUACCUGUUCUCGUACUCGAACAACAAGAUGGUCAAGGAGCAGAUUACGCGCGUGCUCAUUGAGCGUCUCAUCGCCAACCGCCCGCACCCGUGGGGUCUGCUGGUGACGUUCAUCGAGCUGAUCCGUAACAAGAGCUACAAGUUCUGGGAGCAAGACUAUCUCGAGUGCUCGAGUGAAAUCAAGGAAGUGUUCGAUGACGUCGCCCGCACGUGUCUGGGGGGAACGGCACCCGGCGCUUCGAGUGCGAGUCCUUUGGCGUCGCUGGGCGGCAGUGCCAUCUCCCCCAGUUCUUCGUCUUAGAUUAGUAGGGAAUAGUUAGGGACCAACUUGCUUUUCAUCUGCUCAAAUACAUUUCUUUUGCCUGUACUGCAAUGCAAGCCUGUACUA